AUGCUUUCGACACACUCCAAGUUAACUUCUGUGCGAAAACUGUGCGGUUUACCGUUAACCCGUCCCUGUUAAUAAGAUUGUGGGAGAUCUUUCUAUCCGCCAAGCGGGCGGGAACCAUGAGUAUAUUUUGACACACGUGUGUGUGUGUGUGUGUGUGUGUGUGUGUGGGUGUGUGUGUGUGCCUUGCAGGGAUGAAGGAUGCCGCGGAGAUCCUGGGACACAGAGAGGCACUAAAGUGCAGACUCGGAGUCGGUGGCGGGGUGUCUGAGCCCGGACAUACCGGAGAACUUGGCCCGAGUCCGGAAACCCUAGAAGGCGCGACCCAUCUUCCCGGAGACGAGCUCGGUAACGUUGGAUCCAAAGAGCAAGAGAAGCAGCAGCAACAACAAAACCAAAAUUCUGCGCAAUCCGUAAGUCAGCAAACGCAGAAACAGAAACGACACCGGACCCGUUUUACACCUGCGCAACUCAACGAGUUAGAACGCAGCUUCGCCAAAACCCACUAUCCCGACAUCUUCAUGCGAGAGGAGCUCGCGCUGCGCAUCGGCCUGACGGAAUCGCGCGUGCAGGUUUGGUUCCAGAAUCGACGCGCCAAGUGGAAGAAGCGCAAGAAGACCACAAACGUGUUCCGCGCGCCUGGCACUUUACUUCCUACUCAUCACGGUUUACCGCAGUUUUCUUCGGCAGCAAUUAACGACAGCCUGUGCUCGUUUCACGCAAACGAUACGCGCUGGGCUGCAGCCGGGAUGCCGAGUGUCUCUCAGCUCCAACUUCCUCCGGCGCUCAGCCGCCAGCCUGCAAUGGCGCAGUCACUGUCGCAGUGCAGCUUGGGGGGCGCGGGCCCGGCGACGCCUGGUUCCAUGGGGCUCUCCAACAUGGCGUCAAACGGCUCGGCCCUGCAGUCGCAUCACCUAUAUCAGCCCACGUUUCCGGGCAUGGUGCCCGCGUCACUCGCUGGCCCGACAAGUGCGAGUGCCUCCACGCAACUUUGCAGCUCGUCAUCGACAGAUAAUGACAUGUGGCGCGGCACGAGCAUCGCGUCACUGCGCCGCAAAGCGCUCGAGCACACAGUCUCAAUGAGUUUUACUUAAUGGCGCGCGUGGGUUCCGAAUAUGUUCUACUGACGGUUCGUCUUCUUUUACACCAUAUUUUUCCUCCCAUAUUUUCUCUUCAAAUUUUUUGACCUACUGUCUGCCUAUCUAUCGAUCUUUAAGGCAAUUUAUUCAGGCCUAUUAUUUGGGACUUUUUUUUUAUUUUUCACCAAACACGCUGCACAUAACAGACAGAAUGUAACGCACAUAUCUGCAAUAUUCGACACAGGACGCUACCUGCCUUGUGAGGUUUUAUUUAUGAAAACAAAUACUUGCAUAUUACGGACCACGAAUCUUUUUUUAAAACAGUAAAUAAGUAGGAGAAUGAAAGGGCAACUGGUGUAAAAAGAGAAGAAAAAAAAUCAAGAAUAAACGUCGAAUGCAUGCGUGGACGGCUAUAUCCGAUAAGGGGAAAUUUAUUAUUUAUUCUAUUUAUUAUUUAUUUUAAAAAGAUCAUUUUACGGUUAUAGUCUAUGCUGUUCUACAGUAUGUUUUGUGUAGAUAAAGCAUUUUAAAUUGCUCUAAUUUGGUCGAUUUGUGAUAUGUUUUAGGUUUGUCUGUGCGUAAUCCCAAUACAGAUUUCUUAAAUUUCUUAACUGUUAUAUGCUUUCCUGAACAUAUUUAUAUCGAAUAAUUGUAAUGUCAAAUAAAAUAAUUUUGAAUGUCAUCUCGUGAACGCCAAGCCUAUUUUGUAAUUUGUCCACGUGAGGUGAUAAUUAGGCACAAAUACAUUGUCUGUAUUUGAAGUUUUAAAUAUAUUAGCUUUGUUAAUAGUUCAGUCCAUACAAUAUAUGAAUAGGCCUACAAAUAGCACUCUCAAAAUCUCUCCCUGGAUUGAAGUCUCAAAAGAAGUUGCUUGUAAAUUUUGCUUAAUCUUUUUUUGGGGUACACA